UCCGGUCUCCGAAGCUUUUCUCCCCCGCACGCGACGACCUCGCCGUCGCCGUCGCCGCCGCCGCCGCCGCCAUGGGGAGGCGAUCCGGGGGGAGGAAGCUGCCCUUCUUCGCCUCGAACGCCUCCACGUCGUCCUCCACCAAGCGGACCCGCUCGGCGCGCCGCCUCCCCUCGCUCACCAGGCCGCGCGCGUCGAGCUCCCCAUCCCCGGCGUCGCCGUCCCCGCCGCCGCCGUCCGCGUCGCACCCCGCCCCUCCGUCCCCUCCCCUCGCCGUAUCUCCCGCCGGCGCCGGUAAGGUCGGGAAGAAGAAGGCCGGGGCGCGCCUCUGGAUGCGGCUCGACCGGUGGGGCGUCUCCGAAACCCUCCAUCUCGACAAGGGCUCCAUCAUCCGACGCGCCGGCCUGCCGCCGCGGGACCUCCGGAUCCUCGGCCCCGUCUUCUCCGACUCCUCCAGCAUCCUCGCUAGAGAGAAGGCGAUGGUGAUCAACCUAGAAUUCAUCAGGGCGAUCGUUACGGCCGAUGAGAUCCUUCUACUGGAUCCUCUCACGAUCGAUGUGAUCCCUUUUGUUGAGCAAUUGACACAUCAUCUCCCUCUCAAGAACCUGGUGUGUGGGAAUGGUCAACCUGGUGGUGAUGACCAUGGGGAAAAGCAUGAUGACUCGCAUGGAGAUCAGGUGCCCCGCCUUAACGAGGCCACCGGAGCAGAGCACGAGUUGCCAUUUGAAUUCCAGGUGCUGGAGCUCGCACUCGAGACCGUGUGCUCAUCAUUCGACGUUAACGUGUCUGGUCUUGAAAGGCGCGCCACUCCGGUACUUGAGGAACUGACCAAGAAUGUCAGCACAAGGAAUCUCGAUCGUGUGCGAACUCUCAAGAGUGAUCUUACCCGUUUGCUUGCCCAUGUGCAGAAGGUCAGAGAUGAAAUAGAACAUCUUCUGGAUGAUAAUGAAGACAUGGCACAUCUGUAUCUAACAAGGAAGCAAUUACAAAACCAGCAAGUUGAGGCUUUAAUAUCAUCGGCUGCUUCCAAUAGCAUUGUUCCUGGAGGAACAAGUCUGUCCAGGUUGAACAAUAGUUUUCGGCGCAGCGUGAGCAUCGCUACAAGCAUGCAUUUGGAUAAUGACGUGGAAGACCUAGAAAUGUUGCUUGAGGCUUACUUCAUGCAAUUGGAUGGAAUUCGCAACAGAAUUUUGUCGGUUCGAGAGUAUAUUGAUGAUACAGAAGACUAUGUCAAUAUUCAACUUGACAACCAGCGUAAUGAACUUAUUCAGCUUCAGCUUACACUGACUAUUGCAUCCUUCGGCAUAGCUGUCAACACCUUCAUAGCUGGGGCUUUUGCGAUGAACAUCCAGAGCAAAUUGUACAGCAUUGAUGAUGGUAGCUUCUUUUGGCCAUUUGUUGGGGGCACCUCAUCGGGCUGCUUCAUGAUCUGCAUCGUCUUAUUAUGGUAUGCCCGGUGGAAGAAGUUGCUCGGUCCUUGAACACAAUGUAACAAGUCACGACUCAUGAGAACUGUCUCGCUGUAAAGGGCAUGCAUUUUGACUUGUAACGUCUGCAGAAAGGAGCAGUCAUUUGAAACAUAAAAGAGAAUCCUAGGAUUAGGGAGAAACUCUAAUGCAUUUAUGUUUCACUGGUAAAUAAGAUACAUUUUCUGUAGUUUUCCCUUGGUAAAAAUAUAGUAUACUAACAUGUUAUGAUCAUCAGCACCCUUGAAUUGAUUGUGGAUUUGUGGGUUAUAGGGGAUCCAAUCAUCCUGAGGCAGCAGUAUGUCUUCUUUGCAGAGAGAUAGCUGAUGAAUCACUGAACUUUAUGGACAAUACUGAAUAGUAUAUCGGUAUGUCAUUAACUCA